GAAAUUACCGCGAUUCGAAAUUGCAAGAUUACAUAAUGUUUACGAUGAAGGUUAUAUGUACAGUACUAUAUUUGGUAUUUCGGAAGAAAGUUAGUUUCGGCCGAAUUCAUUAGGAAAAAUUAUUUGUUUGGAUAGAAAUACACAAGAAAAUACGAUUGAAAUUCAAGACAAUGGAAAACAAAGAAGUAAUUCCUUGUAUAGAAAGGAUUAUUUUGAGGCAAUAAAUAAAUUCAUUGAAAGUGAUUUAAGUCUUACAUUAAACAUUGGCUCAGAAGAAUUAACGUCACUUAUAUUGCAUUUGAAACAAUUAGAAUAUGGCAACUUUGAAGCAUGAUGGAAGUUUUGAAAAAACUUUGAUUAAGAACCAUUUUAAUUGUUCUCCAGAAUUGUUUAUUCGCGAUGAUAUGAAAAAGACUUCUUUGUGUAUUCAACAAGAACUUGAGACACAUCAUCAUAAAUAUCCAAUUGGAUGUAGUGAGUCGUAUUUUGAGAGUAAAAUAAAUGAGUUGACUCAUCACAAUGAGAUUGUAACGUUUGGAGUGCUUUUGCCGAUAACUUCUCGAGAGUUAACUAAACCUGAAAAAUGCAUCGAGAACUUUUCAAACCUUUUAAAAAGUCUUGCCGAGACUUCUCAACAAGAUAUUCAGUAUAGAAUUAGCGGUACGAGAUAUCAAAUUAAAAUUUACAUUGGAAUAGAUAAGGAUGGUCAUCUCUUCCUAAACAAUUCCGCAGAAAAAAUAUUUUACAACCAUGGAUUUAUAGAUAUUGAUAUAACAAAAUUCGACUAUUUUCCCGGUUCUACAUGUGAUAUCUGGAGAGAAUUAUCUCGUAAAGCAUACAAAGAAAAUUGUGAUUAUAUUGUUCUAUUUGAAAAUGACAUAAUCAUCAAAACUAAUGGAUGGAUGAACAAAUUUCAUAAAACUUAUCUUGAAAUUUCAAUUCAAAAGAAAGUUCCAUGUAAUUUUGGAUGUGUAACUUUUACUGAUAUUACAUUUCCCGGGUUUCCAGCGUUUCCAGUGAUUAGUCGCGUACAUUUGGAUACAUUUAAUGGAGACAUUAUUCCGCAACAAAAAUUUCAAAUUCAAGAUGUUUACACUUAUUUAUUUCAAUUAUAUAGACGAUGGGGAUGUUCAAUAAUAUUACAUGAUGUUGAAAUUCAAAAAAUUGAUGUAGAUCAAAGAUAUGAAAAAUGGUAUCAUUCAGAUUGGAAGUUUGACGUUUUAAAUAAUUCAGUAGAUAGAGUUGAAAAAUGGUUGAAUAAUAAUAACAAGACUCCUAUACAAAAGUUGCUUACCCUUGAUAUUGUUGUACCCAGUUAUAGAGUUGAUUUUAAAUAUCUUGACCCAAUUAUUAAUCUCGAGAUACCUGUUACAAUGUCUACAAUUAUUUAUAUAAUAAUAGAUGAUCCAAAUUCAUCCAAUAUUAUACUUUUAAAAAAAUUGUAUGAAAAAGAUCCUUUUAUCAGAAUUCUAGUGAACAAACCCAACUUGGGAGCUAGUUUGUCACGUAAUCGUGGAUUAUACGAAUCUAAUGCUGAUUAUAUUUUAUUCUUGGAUGAUGAUGUGACUCCCGAAAAAGAUAUCUUGUUUGAAUGUGAGAAAGUUAUUAAAGAGCAUCCUACUGCUUGUGGAUUUAUCGGAAGCUCAAAAUUUCCACCAGCAAAUGAAAGCAUUUUUAAAAGUGCGGUAGUCUUAUCCGGAGUCACUUUUUUUUGGGAGAUUGCAGAAAUUUGGGAUAAUGAUAUACCUUGGGGGAUAGCUGGUAAUUUACUUAUUAGGAGUUAUAAAGAUGAUAUACUUUUUGAUUCAAGUUUUCCAAAGACCGGUGGAGGAGAAGACAUCGAUUUUUGCUUGAAAAAAGGAAAUUUUUUUAUUAAAAAUGUAGAAAAUGGAAAAGGAUUUCAAGGAGCGCCAAAUGUUAAAGUAACUCAUCAUUGGUGGAAUGAUGGUAAGAGAUAUUAUUGGAGAUUUUAUAAAUGGGCGAAAGGAGAUGGUGCCUUGAUUAAGAUGCAUCCAAAUUUAACUUAUAAUGAUAUUGUACCGAAUAGUGCAGAAUUCUUAUUGGGGACAACAUUUAUAUUAUUUAUCACUGUGAUAAUUUCUUCGCUUAUUACAGUAUUUUAUGACAUAGAGAUUAUUAAUAUUUUUACAAUUUUGAUAUUUUUAUCAGUACCACAUGUAAUUAUCUCCAAUUUUAUUUUUGAUAUUCAUUUACACUUAAUUAUACAACCUUUCAAACGCGUACCCACAAUUCGUGGUUAUCGUUAUAUCUUAGCCAUAUUCGAAUCUUCAAUGAUUCGUAUGACAAAUGAAUUCGGUAGAUUGAUGGGACAUAUUGAAAGAAAGGAAUGGAAUUACAUCGGAAAAAGAUUUGAUUGGUUUGCAAAGAAAAACGGAGGAACGAUGAAUGAUGAAAUUAGUACUAAUUCAAGAAAAUUUUUCAUUUGGGUUAGUUUAAUGGUCUUCAGUUCUAGCGUGCUUCUCAUCGUAAUUAGUGAAUCACCGAUGUAAAAAGGCGCAGUGUUUUCGGUGAUUGUUUAAUUCCCCUUUAUGGAAAUAUUUUCAUCCGGGAGAAAAUCUUGAUGAUUUCAAACGUACUUCGUUUAUGAUUGGACAGAAGAUCUCAACUUUGAGAUUAUGUAUAAACUCUAAAGUUAAUCUAGUGAAAGUCCGUGUGUAUCGUGUGUAUCUUUCGUAAAUUAGGACACUUGUUUUUCUUGUAUGGUGUAAUUGCAUUUAAAAAGUCACGAUUUCAUUAAUCUUAUUUAUUUUAUUUAUAACGUUAAAUAAAAAAACCCCUUUUCCACAGUCAUAUGAUCAUUUUUGAUUUUCGUUAUCUACUAAGCAUUACCAAUUUCACGGUAAAAAACAGGUAAUUUUUUACUGCCCG